AUGCUCAGUUCAAUCUCGAAAUAUAUCAACACUUCGACAAUCCAAAAGUCGAGUUCUCAAUUGAAAGGCUCAAUCAAACCCUUACUGAUAUCUAAAACUUUAUCAAACUAUUGGUUAAAUGAUCUAUUACCAAAUGAUCAUUCAAGAGUCGCAUCAAUCUCCAAACAUGAACCAGCUACUUCGAAUCCAGCAAAUUUCAAAUCAAACAAUUAA